AUGUCAUAUCGUCAAAGAGGGAAUCGUCGAUCAAGUUACUAUAGACAAAGAAUCACUCAUCCCAAACCCGAACCAUUGCCUACAUGGGAGAAAAAAUUCUGCAUAGAAGUGGGUGCAAUGCCAUGGGAAAGAUUUGUUGAAGCAAAAAAGAACUUGUAUGAAAAUGACAAAGUGUUCGAAUGGGAUGAUUCGGCUGGUUUAACAGCUUUCCAAGAAGCUAAACAAAGAUUUUGGGAAAUUUAUCAUGGUUUUCCUUGCGAGAACAAGUUACCAAGUAACGUAGCAGAUUUGUAUAUAGAUAAUAUUGAUUGGAAUUCUAAAAUUGACCCUGAACUUUUCUCGGAAAUAAAGUCCCUUACAGAUAAUGAAAAUGAAGAAAAAGACAAUACUAAGGAGAUUGAUUGGUUUUCGAUUCCGCUAGAAGAAAUCCAAGCCACUGGAUGGGAUGAAUAUGAAGAACCCUCACCCCGCUUACCUAGUAUAGUUGGAUCACCAUAG